AUGAGCGGAGGCGAGCGGGCCGAGGACGAGGCCAUGUCCGAGCAUCGCAGCCAGGCCGCGCUGUGCCAGGAGGUGGAGACGGAGCUGCGGGAGCUGUGCCAGGAGUGCCGCAAGAAGUUCCCCAUCAUCAAGGAGUACACCGAGAGGGCGAUCCUGAAGAUCCGGUGCCACCACGAGCAGGUGGAGAAGGCGGCGAGGGCCAGCACGGCCCCCGGCGCGCAGGCCGCCGCGGCACCCGAGUUCCCGCUGGACGAGGUGCUGCGCGCCAUCCUGAUGGCGUGCGAGACGUUCCAGUGCAAGAUCGUAUUGCUAUCGUUGUCGUGCCUGCAGCGCCUGAUCCACCGGCGGGUCCUGAAGGACGAGACCGUCGCGAUCGUCAUCAAUUUGAUGAAGGAGCAGGCCGCCCAUGGAGACGAGUCGGUCCAGCUGAAGGUGCUUCAGACCAUCAUGGCCACGCCGGCGCACAUGACCCUGCUCAACGAGCUCGUUGUGGAGCAGCUGAUGCAGCUGCUGCACGUGCUGCACAACUCCUCGGCCCCCAGCGUGCACCACACCGCGUGCGCAGGCCUGCGGCAGCUGGUCGAGUUCAUGUCCGACCGCGCGGCGGCCGCCCUCGCCGAGGCGAGCGCCCAGGCGGAGGCCCCGAAGCUGGACGGCAUCAAGCCCGUAAUCCGGGCCCGGGCGACGGCCCUGCCGAGCGUGAGCCCGUCGCAGCCGCCCCCGUCGCUGCCGCCGGCGGUGCGCAUGUUCGUGAUCUUCGUCCAGGAUCUGUGCGUCAUGGCCGACUACGACCCUUCGAGCUUCUCCAUGCGGUACGCCGUGGACGCCGGCGAGCGCCUGCGCAGCGCCUCGCGCGAGGGCUACUGGCUCGCGACCGUCAAGUUCCCGCGGCCCUUGUGCCUCGAGCUCCUCGGCGUCUGCGUCGCCUCGCACCCCGCCAUCUUCGCCUCCAGCCCGGAGUGUUUCCAGCUGCUGCGCCACAACAUCUGCGCCGCGCUGCUGAAGAACCUGCAGAGCUGCUACGACUUCGCGAUCCUGAUACGCAGCGUGCACUUGCUGCAGCAGAUCACGAGGGCCCCAGGGGUCGCAGCGCUCCUCAUGCACGAGGUCCAGAUAUUCUUGCACCUCAUGCUGGACCUGACGAGCGCCGAGCGGUCUCCGUGGCAGCGGGCCACCUCCCUGGAGUUUCUGAAGUCGGUCUGUGAGGACCCGGCCAUGUUGACGCUGCUGUACGAGCACGGGAACUCGGGCAGCGCCGACGCCGAGCGCGAGCGGCGAAGCUCCGCGCCUGGCGCGCCGAGCGGCAGCCCGCACGUGGGCAGCGGGCCGAGGACGUUCCUGGAGUUGGUGAAUAGCCUCUCCAAGCUGAUUCACCAGGUGUGCUUCUCUGCUGGAACAGACUCGGGCUCGCUGCUGCAGUCCGCCCCCGCGGCCGCCAGCGCGCUGCCCCCGGGCGGCCCGCAGCGCGCCCAGAGCGGCGACGUGGGGCGGGGGCUGCUCACAGGCAACUUUCCUGGCCUGCUGAGCCUGGGGACUGGCGGCGCUGGCUCUGGGACAAGGGACAUGCUCGGCGGCGCAGGGGCGCCCGCUGCCGAUGGCGCCGCGCGGCCGCUCGGCAAGGACGGGGGCGCUGGCGCUGGCGCGGCCGGGAGCUCCGACCAGCGCAGGCGCAGGGGCGGGAAGUUGCUGCUCAUGAUGAGCGACACCGAGCCGCCGGCCGUGCCGCCCGCGCUGCUGGUGUCCCUGGUGGUGGAGAGCGUGCUGAGCAUCGUCUCGACGCUGUACAGGCUGCUGCUGGACGCCGUGCCGCCGGACGCACCGGUCCAGGACGCCGGCGUCCCGGUCACGCCCCUCGGCGCCCUGCGGGCCGCCCUGCCGUGCCCCUCGGGCGAAGCGGGGGGUGACGCGCCGACCGAAGCGCCGUCGAGGCACAGCACGCCGCUGUCUGGAGUGCUGACGUUCGAGCAGCAGCAGGUGCAGGCGAUGCUGGGCGAUUCCUGGGCCUCGCUGCUGAGCGCCUUGUCGCUGUUGAUGCACGGCAUCAUGGACGAGCAGUGCUUGCAGCAGGCUUUGCGAUGCAUGCAGACAUUGCUCUUCUGCUGCAGCCGGCUGGCCCUCGACCAGGCGAGAGACGCCUGCCUCCUGCAGCUCUCGCGCUACGCGCUGCCAGGGCCUGGCCACGAGGCCGAGGCCGAGGCUGCAGCGGCCGGCUGCAUGGUCGGCGGCGGCCUCACGGUGAAGAACGUGCUCUGCUUCAAGGCAUUGCUGCAUUUCUGCUGCCUGUUCGGGCGGCUGCUCGGCUCCGCCGGGUGGAGCAUCGUGCUGCACGCCUUCAACGGGCUGGAGCGUGCGCUGGGCAAGGUGCCUCGGGCGCAGAGCGAGCUCACCGUUCUGCGGCAAGCCCUGGAUGCGCUCUUCGAGACUACCGCCGUGCUCGACCGGGAGGCCCUCGGCGACAUCAUCGAAGCCAUGGGGCAGACCAUGAAGGGCACCUCCGACGGGCAGCCGGGCCAGUCUGGGCCGAAGGGCGGCCCGCCGGCCGACGGCGACGAGGGCGCCGUGGUGCUGGAGAGGCUGGUGGAGCUGUGCUCCUUCAACCUGGGCCGGCUGGUGCAGAUCUGGGCCCACGUCCUGCGGGUGAUCAGUGACGUGUGCAUGUCCGAGGUUUCCGUGGUCGAGCCCCUGCAGUGCUGGCUCGAGCGGGCGGGCGGGCCGGGGCCGGGCGGGGGCCUCCCGCACAUACAGAGCCUCGCGGCGGCGGCGGGGGCCCUGCGCUGCCCGAGGGGCCGCCUCGCCCCCCCGAUGGCGAGUUUUGCGUCGAAGCGGCUCGCGCAGGAGCGCGCGGCCUUCAAGAAGGACCACCCGUUCGGGUUCUACGCCAAGUACGCGCCAAACGAGGACGGGAAGGGCCAGAACGUCUUCAAGUGGAACUGCGGCAUCCCCGGCCGCGCCAAGGGGCCCUGGGAGGGUGCCGCCUACGCCCUGACCAUGGAGUUCACCGAGGACUACCCGAGCAAGCCGCCAAAGUGCAAGUUCAUGCAGAUAAACGGGAAGCCGCUGUUCCACCCGAACAUCUACCCGUCAGGCACCGUCUGUUUGAGCAUCCUGAACGAGGACGAGGACUGGAAGCCCGCCAUCACGAUCCGGCAGAUCCUCUUGGGGAUCCAGGAUUUGCUCGACAACCCCAACGCGGCCUCUCCGGCCCAAGAGGAGCCCUACCGCAUGUUCUCCACCGACAAGGCCGAGUACCUCCGCAGAGUGAAGCUGCAGGUGGCCGAGGUGGCUGCCAUGCAAGCGAAGUGA